AUGGGAUUUGACUGCGAGAAAUUGGCGCCAGUGCCUUCAGAUGUGGAUCAGGUGCCGGGACAUGACUGUUCAGACCCGAAAGGGGAUGUCACCCCAAUCAGCACCAAUCAUUUAGCUAGAAACCUAUCUGCAAGACAGGUUUCAAUGAUUGCCAUCGGCGGAACAAUUGGUACAGGAUUGUUCCUUGGCACUGGGAAGGCCUUUGCUACUGGAGGUCCCGGGUCCACUCUCGUCGCAUAUGCCAUCUGUGGACUCAUAAUUUUCUUAACCAUGCUCUGCUUGGGAGAAAUGGCAGCUUUCAUUCCGGUCUCUGGCUCGUUCUGCACAUUCGCUGGUCGUUUCGUGGAUGACUCUCUUUCAUUUGCACUUACAUGGAACUAUUGGUUCAACGACGCCGUUUCGACAGCAGCAGAUUUACUUGCCCUACAAAUUUUAUUCCAGUACUGGACAGAACAUUUUCCAGGAUGGGCCAUCAGUCUUAUAUUCCUUCUCAUCGUCCUGGGAUUCAAUCUGGCCCCAGUUGGGGUUUUCGGCGAAGUCUCAUACUGGUUAAGCUUACUUAAAGUAGCCACUAUCAUUGUCUUCAUUAUCGUGGGAAUUGUUGUCAACUGUGGCGGAAACAAGGGCCACCGAUACAUUGGCGAUCAAUAUUGGCAUGUCGGUGAAGCCCCCUUUGUGGGUGGAAUCGGGGGUUUCGCCUCAGUCUUCGUUACAGCAUCCUUUGCAUACGGAGGCACAGAGUCAAUCGCAAUUACGGCAGGAGAAACCAAAGAUCCAGCAAAGACUUUACCGAAAGUCGUACGCAACGUCUUCUGGCGAAUCUUGCUGUUUUAUAUCCUCUCUGUAAUUAUCAUUGGCUUCAACGUCCCAUACAACUAUCCGGGGCUUUCCAGCAAGUCAACUAACUCAAGCCCAUUCACUAUCGUCUUUGUUGAGGCCGGUAGUUCCGUUGCGGGCAGCUUUAUCAACGCAGUCAUCUUCACCAGUGCAAUCUCUGCUUCUAACCAUGCGCUCUUUGUGGGAUCGCGGCUAUUAUAUACACUUGCAAUUAGCGGCCAUGCACCACGAUUCUUCGGCCAUAUCAACCGCUUCCAAGUACCAUGGGUUGCAGUCCUAGGGACUCUUGUUAUCAGCGCACUUUGCUUUGGUGCAAGCUAUAUUGGACAAGGAAAAUUAUGGGUCUGGUUGCAGAACAUCGUCGGCGUCUCCAACCAACUAUCUUGGGUGUUUAUUGGCAUAGCAUCCCUUCGCUUCCGGGCGGGUAUCAAGAAGCAGAAUCUUGAGCAUUUGCUACUAUUCAAGAACUGGACCUACCCAUGGGGCCCGAUCUUUACUGUUGGGUUGAAUGUGGUCCUGAUCUUGGUUCAGGGCUGGACGUGCUUCAGUCCGAGCUUCAGUGUGGUUGACUUUGUCUCUUUCUACCUGGAGAUCCCCGUUUUGAUUCUCAUGAUCGUUGGAUGGAAGUUCAUCAAAAAGACCAAACUCGUGAAGCUACAUGAGAUGGAUUUGGUCACAGAUCGAUACGACACAUUAAUUGAUCUCGACGGAAGCAGUACCGCUGAGGAAUCCGAAAACCGAGAGGCGCGAGCAAAUAGAAGGCAAAAUAAGGUCUUGGGAACUCUCAAGCGAUAUGGGAUGUACUUUUGCUUCUAA